AUGUUCAAUCGACCAAUCACACCAUGCCGACUUGACCUUUUCGCAAUCGCGCAAUAAAAUUAGGUUUCUAGUAGAGAUCAUCUUUCAGAGUGAAUUCCGCUUUGAAAACACAUCGUUUUAGCUGAAAAGGAAGUUGAAAAUACAUCACAAAACGUCCAAACUCCUUCUAGGAGAGAACUACAAAACUUCAAACACAUUGCGAGGAAAGGAUGUCGUUUCUAUCGCUGGUACUAUGUUUGGUCGCGGUGGCUUUACAUUCUUCAAAUCCUGUUACCGGAAGCUGCAGUACAAGGAGGGCAGCGUGUUUUAAUGGUGGGACAUGCGUAGAUGUCAAGCCGAAUGGAUUUAAGUGUGUGUGCAAACAGGGAUUCACUGGUCAAAAUUGCAAAAAAUCCGUUAAUCCGACUGCUAUAAAGAAAUGUCCCCGUCUAACUAUCAAGAAUGGUUCUGUACGUCUAAUAAAGAGUCCCGGAGGACUACGGGCGUCAUUUUCUUGUGACCAAGGAUACAAGAUCAAUGGUGCGACGCUUAAAAUUUGCACGAGAGGGGUCUGGUACAAUAGACAAAAAUUGACUUGCCGCCCAAAAAAAAACAUUCAAAAGAGAUGCACUGGCUUUUCAACCAGACUUUACAGAGGGAGUGUCCGCGUCAAAAAGCAAACUCGGUAUUUGGCGGAAUUAGUGUAUCGCUGUCGUUCAGGAUAUUCUUUGAUUGGGGAUGCGAUCAGAAAGUGUAAUAAUGGCCAAUGGAACUCUGUACUAAAGCCAUAUUGUAUCAAAGCCAAAAAAUGCAAGAAACUACGAAAACCACGAAAUGGUAAAAUAUUUGGAGGAACAUUUCCUGGUUCUCUGGUACGCUUCUUUUGUGAUAACGGCUAUGAGAUAAAAGGUUUUAACCARUCCAAGUGCUUGUUGAAAACUGGAAAAUGGGAUAAUCCAGUACCGAAAUGUGAAAAAAUAGAUCCUCUACGAGAUCUUAGAAAAGCUGCUAAUAGUCUCCGACGGCAUUUCAUCAACAAGUACGAACUUCUCACGACAGACAGUCGGGCACGUGCCGGACUCUCGUCGGGAGCUGCCGGACUUGAUCUUGUCUUCGUAUUUGACAGUUCGGCUAGUGUCGGUCAAGAUAAUUUCAAAAAAGGAAUAGAGUUUGCGCGAACAAUCAUUUCAGAGUUUGGCGUUUCGAAUUCGACAUCCGGGACUCGAGUGGCAGUAGUUGUGUUUAGUUCUACWGCAGAGGUUAUCUAUAAUUUGCAGACAAAGAAGAUUGUCGACCAAAAAGCUGCCAUCAAUACUUUAAAAAAUCUCAAGCUUCGAGGCAAAGGAACAGCCACCAAGCUAGCCUUGGACACGGUUAUCAAAGAAGUCGUCCCUGAAAGACGCAACAACAGCAAGAAAGCUCUAUUCUUAAUCACCGAUGGGGAAUCAAACACAGGAAGAGACCCAGCCCGCCCGGCAAAGGUGUUGCGUGGCGUCUACGAUUUUGAGAUCUAUGCUAUUGGCGUGACACUACGAAGAGUCAAUGUGGGAGAGUUGCGUGACAUCGCAUCGGAGCCUUUCCGCACUCACGUGUAUUUAYURAARGAUUUCCAGUCWCUUGAAACGUUGAAAGACCUUAUAACAAAGCCUAAGGGAUCAAAUUUCAGUGACUGCGGUAUCGCUGGGGACACGAGACUAAGAGAACGAAGUGAUCAAGGUGUSCUUGCAGGGAGGCAAGAUUCCGAGCAAGGUGCGUGGCCAUGGAUGGCUGCGAUAUAUGUGAGGGACAAGUAUCGUUGUACUGGUGUCCUUUUAGCAGAGGGAUGGGUACUUGCAGUUGCACAUUGCUUUGAGAAUGAUGUGAACGUCAAGGGACCUGAUGUCCUCGUUGUUUUAGGUGAACAUGACAGAACCUUCAUAGAAGGAAGCGAGCAAUACAUYAGGGUGGAAAAAAUCCGUAAACACAAACGCUAUCCCAAGGCAAAGCCWGAYUAUGACCUCGUUCUUUUAAAACUACAGAACAAGGCAAAACUGUCGACAUAUGUGAGAACUAUUUGCCUUCCAAGGAUGUCGGACAGGAUUGUGAUACGACCUAAUGGUGUAGGGGUGRUAGCGGGAUGGGGUUCCGCACAGAACGCCAAUGGUCGCCCUGCUUUUAAGAUCCUCGCACAAACAAGAGCGAAUUUCAUUUCAAGACAGGCGUGUCAACGUCAAGUUCCACACGCUAUCAGCAACARAAUGAUAUGYGCUGUGAAUCGUCAAGUGACCAAGAWARACUGUAGUGGAGACUUUGGUUCACCGAUUGUGGUUCAUCGUUCASACCGUCAGGACUGGGCACUAGCAGGGUUCGCAAUUAAAGGCGGUGGAUGCGUUUACAAGGGCAAAACUGGUGUCUUCUCUAACCUCCUGACAUCCCAGUACAUAAGAUGGAUUGAACGAAGAGUAACUACCUAGACGCUCUCUUCUCGYAARWUUUUUAGCAUCGCUAAUAGAUUCAACGCCAAGCUUGCGAAUACAAGGACCGCAGAUCAUUUGAGAGGAUCUUGUGAUGSGUCUGGAYCUCUCAUAUUGCUACAUUUCUUCGACUAGCUAGUCUAAGUUUAAAAUAUUUACAAAUUAGAUAUUCCUGUAUUGCUCAGUUUAAUAGCAUMCCAUUUGUAAUUAGUGUACCUCGCCAUGAGGAUCAGCUAUCAAUCUCAUCGUUGAGCGCCAAUGGCGCAGGUGUUGCAAAAUUCAAUUAGAAAUCRAUGGGAUAUCUCCUGGCUCCUUGUGCGUCAAUUAAAACCAAGCCUAAGCAAUACCUGUAUCGUAGAGACCUCGAAUUAAACUUAACAAUGUAUCACCAAACAAGCCAAUAUUUGAAUUAGGAUUAGACACUACCUAGUCCAAUUAUAAUAUUAACAGCCUGCAUGUUCUUUGCCAAUAUGUUAUUCGAUACCAAAACUUGUUUUUCUUUUGCGCAUGUUCUUUUGUUGUAUAUUCAAAAAUGUCAAUAAAUAGCUAUUGAGACAGCU